CCAACGCAGAUGGGAUUAGUCCUGGGGCGAAGCUCCUACAUAGAUGACAUAGCCCAUGGGGCGCCUACCUGGGAUAAACUCUGUGAAGACCUGAAUGCCCUGCUAUUCCGCCUCCUGUACUGGAAUAUCACGGUUAGUCUUCCGAAGAGCGAGUUCGGCAAACAAGCUAUACCUUACCUGUCUCACGAAGUAUGUGCGGAGGGUAUCGGGGCUACCCCGAAGAUUGCCAAGUGUGUUCAAGGCCUACCUUUCCCAUCGACUCUGAAGGGGGUUCAGUCGUUCUUGGGAAGUUUGAAUUACUAUAACAAGUUUAUCGAGGAUUUGCCUGUUGUCGCGGCUGUACUUUACGAGUUGGAUGAGGAUUGCAUUCGUGCCGGACAUGAUUUGGAUAAGGCCAAGGAAGCGUUCGAGAUUUUCAAACGCAAGAUCACAUCGACGCCGCUGCUGCGCCAUCCAGAUUGUACCAAGCCGUUUGUCAUCAUCCCACAUGCAAACCCCUGGGCGGCUUGUGCCGUCCUCGGACAGGAACAUGAGGGUAUCAUUCAACCAGUGCGCUUCACAGGGAGGGUCCUGAACGAGUCUGAACUUAGAUACCACAUCGCGGAGAAGGAGGUGUUGGCGAUCCUGCGAGUCUUAGAACAAUUCCGUCCGCUCAUCUACGGUUCAGAGACACCAAUCGUAAUCUAUACCCGACAUUCGGUCCUGAAGUGGUUAUUGAAGUCAAAUUCCGCCGACGGCCGUCACCUCAAGUGGGGUUUAGAAUUGUCGAAGUGGACUCUUGAACUGCGCCGUGUGCAGCGCGACGAAGACGGACUAGCCGCUAUCCUCGGUGCAGGUAUCACCCCCAGGGAGCAUCUGGACGAAGUCGCUGAGAACCUGAUCCCGGCCAAGGGGCGAGUCAAGGCACCCCCGCCAAUCAGUGUAGAGAUGCUGGAUUCAGACUUUGAAGGAUACGUUCUGAGCUUUGAUGGCGCAGCCAAGGUCUCCACUAGACAAGGAAGCUGCGGAUGGAUUCUGUGGCGCUUACCUGGCUGGAAUGUCUUGAGUGCUCACGGAUUCCCUUUGGACGAUGUGACCGUGAACGAUGCCGAAUAUCACGGGCUGAUCAAAGGUCUGGAGCUAGUCGCCGACCGUGGUUUCAGAGAUGUAGUUGUGGUCGGCGAUUCUAGGAUCGUAGUCCAACAAGCGCAAGGGUUGAUAGGCUGCCACCGGCCGAAUCUGCAACGUCGGCUUGCUGAGUAUGAAGCUUUGAACAUGAAAUUUGGGUCCGUACGGUUGGUCCACGUCAAACGUGAUUAUAACCAGGCCGCAGAUUACCUGACGACGAAGACAUUGGCACUAGGGAAAGCAUGA